AUUCAAGAUGGCGGAUAGUCACAUAUUCAGUCCUGUGUAAGUAAAGUAUCAGAUUAAACGACAUCUCACUUCUGAGGUGCUACAUGAUUGUGUAGCUGUUUUUAGUGGAGGAUCGUCUGAAAAGUGUCGGUAGUGAUAUUACAAGGGAUGACUGAGAAUAUAGUGAAGCUGAGCUGAGGGAUGGAGAGUGACUGCAGGAUUCCCAUGUCAUGUUUCAGACCCAGAGUUCUGGUCCUGCACUUACUUUUCUGGGGAUUGGUAGCUCUCAGAGUGUUUGGGACAGCACUUCUUGGUGAGGAGAAGGCCACGGUAACAAGAGCGAUGACCAUGCCAUGUUGGCAAGUGGAAGAGUUUGUAGUUGCGACAGAAUGCAGUUUGUGCACUGCUUUUCAAAUGAAGACGGUAAUGGCCUGCAUCCAGACAGGGUACGUGGAGAGGAUUAACUGUACCAAGUCCAACAAAGAUGAGUACAAAAGCUGCCGCUCAGCAGUGAUGGAGGAGCACCUCUUUUGGAAAUUUGAGGCUGCCAUGUUAGGCCUUGCUGUUGUCUUUGCCCUACUAGUGAUCGGCCGGCAGAGGUCUUUAGACCGCCAAGCCUCAGAAAAGGUUCGCAGGCAGAUUGAAUCUAUUUAGUCCUGAGAACUGUACUGAGAAGUAUUGUACAUGUGAUGAGACUCUCUAAAGCGCUCCAGUGUUCUGGCACUGCUGUAGUGGCCAGUUUAACUGUCCUGGGCUGUGAUCACUGGACACUUGUAGACAAAGCUCGUCAUGUCUGGAUGGAUGGACUUUUUUUUUUUUUUAAACUGUGGAUGGCAGAUUGCUGCUUCCAUGCAACAUCUUUUCACACAAGUUGCUUAUGAUAUUCUUCAGUGAACUUUUAACUGUGAAACCACCAGGAUUUAAUAAAGACGUCAGCAUCUAAACCAACAGACAUCAUAAUAGAAAAGAUUAAGUUUGCUUACUUGUGAAAUUUUGUACUUAAGAUUUUCUGUUCCUGAGCAGAUAACACACAGCUGAUACUAAAUGUUCUCCACUAACACUGUACUGACCGUAAAAAGAGAGAUCGUUUUGACAUUUGUUCCAAAUUAAAUUGUAUUGUGUUGAGAAUUAUGCUAAAUAUUAUUUGCCCUGGAGCUGUCGUCCUGAGAUGUUUUAAUUGUGAAAUGACUCCAACUCAGUGUUGCUGUGCAUUUUAAUAAGUGUGCUGCAAAUCAAAUCGCAGGGAAUGGCGGAAUGGACACAAUCAGGUGGUUAUUUGUUUGCUUCUUUGUUUUAUUGUAAAUGUAAAAAAAAAAAAAUCACUUUCACAUGCUUAUGAACCUUAGAAAUGUUCUGGUUUGCUCUAGUUUUACUGGUCACAUAUAGACAUCCAUGUAUUCCACUUUGUCAUAAAAUGGUUUAUUCACAAAAGACUGCAGUUCAGUUUUCAGUUUAAAAUUGUUGCUUUGUUUUUGAUUCCAGUCCUUAUGAUUUUGGUUUUGAAACACGACUUCUGUUUAACCGUAAAUGUUUGCUUAUCAUGUUGUGCAUCAUUUUCACUGUGUCUCAGCACGAGUUGGAGGUUUCGUUUAUGGAAUAUAUUGAUAAAUGCCAGGCACUGCACACAUUGCUGCUGACCUUUAUUCAGUCUAAAACAUAACUCUAUUAUAUAGAUUUGAUGUGCAUAUGUUGCUUUUUAAAUGUGCUAAUUAACUAAUUGUUUGAUAUGUGUAAUAUCUCUUUUUGCUGUGUGGGUGGCUUUUUUUUUUUUCCUUUUUGGGGGAGCACAAGCAAACGCAGCAGCCUUUGAUGCACAGCUGAUCAUCUUGUACUACACCAUGCCCGUCUAGUCAUGUGUGUUCUCUGGCAGUGUAAAGCAAGUUUGCAAUAGUUGAGUUUUAUCGAUUUUGUUGAUGCGAUGAAGAAAAGGCUGCAUGCUGUCUUCUCUUUAGCCAGUUUUACUGGUCCACCUGACUGUAGAUAAUGUAUUUUUAUGAAAGAUGAGACAUUUCCUAUUCUCUGGAUUUAAAAGGGGAAUUGUGGAAUAAACCAAAUAUAAAGA